GCCGGGCCGCCGGGCGGAAGGGGAGGGCCGAGGCCGCGGCUCCCCGGACAUAAGAUGGCGGCGAACAUGGUGCGGUUUCGGGGUGGCGCGUGGGGCCCGGUUCGCAGGUUUGGCUUGGCAGCCUACAGAAAAUAUAGCAGUGGUGGUGGCUGCCCCAACGUCCCUCUCACUUCUCCUCUGCCUGGAGUACCUAAGCCUGUCUUCGCAACAGCUGACGGACAAGAGAAAUUUGAAACCAAAGUUACAACACUAGAGAACGGACUGCGGAUUGCAUCACAAAACAAAUUUGGACAGUUCUGUACUGUAGGGAUUCUUGUAAAUUCAGGAUCAAGACAUGAAGCAAAAUACCUUAGCGGCAUUUCACACUUUUUGGAAAAGUUGGCUUUCUCUUCCACAGCCCAGUUUGGCAGCAAAGAUGAAAUCCUUCUGACCUUGGAAAAACACGGGGGUAUUUGUGAUUGUCAGGCAUCAAGGGAUACCACGAUGUAUGCUGUUUCUGCUGAUGCCAAAGGCCUAGACACUGUGGUCAAUCUACUGGCUGAUGUUGUAUUACAGCCCAGGUUAUCAGAUGAAGAAAUCGAGAUGACUCGAAUGGCUGUGCAGUUUGAGCUUGAAGAUCUGAAUAUGAGACCUGAUCCAGAGCCUCUACUAACGGAGAUGAUACAUGCGGCAGCCUACAGGGAGAACACCGUGGGACUCAACAGGUUCUGCCCUGUGGAAAACAUAGAGAAAAUGGAUCGGAAAGUGCUCCAUUCGUAUCUGCAGAAUUACUAUACACCUGACAGGAUGGUGUUGGCUGGAGUUGGGAUAGAGCAUGAGCAAUUGGUGGAGUGUGCCAGGAAGUAUCUGCUUGGUGUAGAUCCAGUGUGGAAAAGCGACAAGCCCAAGCAAGUUGACAGAUCAGUCGCCCAGUACACGGGAGGAAUCAUCAAGCUUGAAAAAGACAUGUCGGAUGUGAGUUUGGGUCCGACUCCAAUCCCUGAGCUGACCCACAUCAUGAUUGGGUUAGAAAGCUGUUCGUUUUUGGAGGAAGACUUCAUUCCCUUUGCUGUAUUAAACAUGAUGAUGGGAGGUGGCGGUUCCUUUUCUGCUGGAGGGCCUGGCAAGGGCAUGUUCACCCGUCUGUAUCUUAACGUGCUGAACAGGCAUCACUGGAUGUAUAAUGCAACCUCUUACCAUCACAGUUAUGAAGAUACAGGUCUUUUGUGUAUUCAUGCCAGUGCAGAUCCUCGACAGGUCCGAGAAAUGGUGGAAAUAAUUACAAGAGAGUUCAUUUUAAUGGCGGGAGCAGUGGGAGAGGUGGAAUUGGAGCGAGCAAAGACCCAGUUGAAAUCCAUGCUUAUGAUGAACCUAGAAUCCCGGCCAGUUAUCUUUGAGGAUGUAGGAAGGCAAGUGCUGGCAACAAACACAAGAAAACUCCCUCAUGAGCUGUGCUCUCUCAUCGGUAACGUGAAACCCAAUGACAUCAAGAGGGUGGUUGCAAAAAUGCUUCGUAACAAGCCAGCAGUGGCUGCACUGGGUGACUUGACGGAAUUACCUACGUAUGAAAACAUUCAAGCAGCACUGUCUAGUAAGGACGGGCGGCUACCUAGGAUGUAUCGGCUUUUUCGAUAAAGCAGCAAAUGCCGUCUAGAACAGGAGACUUACUUUUUUUAUACAUAUUGUUCUUUGGAUUAUGUCACUGCAAAGAAUAUUUACAUGCACAUGAUGUAAAUAUGGAACUUUCCUUGUAGCUGAGACGGCUUCAGAUGUUCAGAAUGUGAAGUGUUCAUGUUGAUAAAGGCUUACAGACCGGUCCCAGCUCUGAAUGAGCACUUUGGCCAUCAAUAAAUUCUUCUGCCUACCACAGAAGGCUGUGCCUUUCUCUUGGCACCUUGAAUAGUAGUGUGGCAAAGCAAACCUAAACCACUACAGGUGAAAGGGCUACAUAUAUUGAUGAACUAGCCAAGAUCUUAGUUACCACGUGCUUUAAAUAUCCAGUAUUGCAAGGGAAGUGUGUUCAUAUUACUUUUUCUUCAUCGGUCUGAGCAUUGGUGGUUGUAGCCCAAAGUGUGUGGUACUCCUUACUAAAGGAAUAGAUUUAGGUGGAGUUACAUUUCAUAAGUCAGUUGUCCUCCAAUCUUGUAGACUGUGAGUAGUAAUACUGUCACGUGGGGAGGAUUGUUACAAGUAAGGUGCUAAUGUGAUGCUUCUUCAUGCAGAGGAUAUAUAAAACUGUAAUCAAGUUGAACGGAGGGCACUAGAACAAUCUGUCCCUAUGAAAAAGUUCUGAGUUUAUACUUCAUUAAUUUUAAAAUGUAAAUACUGGCUGCUAUUGUAAAAUACCUUCAAUAAUCUGAACAAGAUUGCUGCAUGUUCUCAUUAGACAUAUCAUAGAUAACAUACUUUGUGCUGUCAGGCAGAUCGUCUCUGUAAAGGGUGUGGGGUGGUAGAUACUUGGCCACACACCGCUCACAAAGUUAGGUUGAACCUUAAGUGUAACUAAUGAUUUCUUGCAAACAGAAAUGCCAUUUACCCUGAUAAGAGUUUAUUUCCCAAGGAAAGAUUAAGCCAAAUUAAAUGUUGUCAGCAAAGAGACAAUGAUUUGUAUAAAGAGCUUAGUCUUGAAGGUAAUUGGUUCUCACUAAAAGCUCAUAAGAAGAAAUCCAUAUAAGAAUACCACCAGUAACAGGUUUAGUGACCUGUUUCUCAGGCACACAAGAACCCAUCACCUUUCUAGGCAUAAAUAGUUAAACUGUUUAGUGCUGCCAUUAAAUGACUAUGCAUAAGUGAUCAUACUGAGCAGGUUCAGAGACAGCUACUAGCUACACACACAUUCAUUCAUGUGAGUGGAAGUUGUGCAUGCUCCUGGAGCAGAGAACAGGCCCAAAGUGGUGCUGUUAAUUCUUAACAAAAUGCAGCUGCUUUUUGAACCCCUGGUAUGUUUUACAACAUACAGCUUUGUCCUGGCAAUUGUGGUGUGUAUCUUUGUCAAGGAAAUAAAUAAAGACAUUGAAAUGAA